AUCUCCUCACAUACGGCAGUUUACGAUCAGACUGCUCAGGUCCGGUGGUGGUCCGUGCGCCGUCUCCUCCAAAAUGUUUCCUCUCGGUCAUCUCCUUUACGCGCGGACAUGGUUUGGUGGCGCUUCACCGGAUGACUUUUAAGGCGCUGUCAGCAUUUUUGGAAAACUUUGCCUGCGACUCGCCUGCUCGGCGGACGACAGAGGAGAUUAGCUAACGAAGCUAACAAACUCAUUGAAGAGGAGGAGAAGAAUACGGUGUUCCGUACAUUCUGGAGUCUGCCUUUUCGCUCCCGGACAGCGCGCGGAUAUGGUCCCAGGUUCCGCUGGACACUAGCGCACCAUGGAUAAGAAACAUUAUUUAUUAAGAGGAUUGAGCUGCGGGCACUUAGUGGAGCGCUGUAAUUGAUCCGAUAAACACACCGCGAGGAUGUGGGGCUAGUUUUUCCUGCGAGGCGUGUUAAAACUGCAAGUCAUCGUUUUCAUCAACAAUGUCCGAGCUGGAAAGUUCCGCUUCAUAUUUUGGUCUGGAGGAUCCCCAGUGGCUAUGCAUGGUCACGCUUUUCGUCGCCUCGUUGGUGACUCUGGUGCUGUAUUUCGUACAGUAUUUCCAGCAGAGGACUGCGGUGGGGGCGCGGGGAGCCGCGGAGGAGGAAGCCGCGGCUCUGCUGCGCUGGGCGCUGUCACUGAAGAGCUGGAAGAGCCAGUGGAGAAGAGCCUGGUGUCGAGCUUUGAACGAUGAGGCCAGGAGGACAGGGAAUGUAAUUCUGUCGUUUGAAGAAGAUGGACUUGAAGCAUCAGAGCUCACCCUCAGUCAAGUUUCCAGCUUUCAGAAGUCUGCCAAACACAAGGCUGUUUGCUGCAACGUGGUUGCAGAGAAGCUUGUGUUCAUGGUCGGCGCUGAGUCAACAGCAGCAGCGUCAGCGGAUCCAUGUAAAUAUACAGUCACCAUGUGUCCGCUGGAACUGCAGCUUGACCUUCAACUCCAAGAAGCUGACGAUGAGGUCCACGUCAGCUGGGAUGUGUCCCACCUGACGACAGAAGAGCUGCUGGUCACCUCUAUGUCUGCACAGAACAAAUCCCUCACUCCAACUACAGACUCAGUCAAGGAGCAGUUAAAACAGAUUUUACAUGCUACUCGUCCAUCUGUGCUUCUGAGCUGCCGGCCUGCUCAGGCCACAGAGGUCAAGGAAGCAUUCAAUAAAUCAGUUCCUCCCAAACCGCCCCGAGCUCAUGACUGGAAACUGCUGGUGAAAAAUAUUCGGGUGACAGUCGAUCAGGAGGAAGGUGCUGCAGGCAGCAUGAAUCCUCUGUGUGUGCUGCAGUUGGAUGACCCUCCACAGAAGUUCAAUACUUCAGCUUUAAAGCACACAACUUGUCCUGCCUGGGAUCAGCCGUUUAUCUUUGAACUGAACGGUCGCUCAAAAGAACUCCUCAUUCAAGUGCUGAAUGAGGGAGCACCAGAGGGGCAAUGUGUAGUAGGCCAGGUGUCUGUGCCUUUUGAUCUUGUGAAGAAGGAGCCCAAAGGACUGCAAACAUUGACACUCAAGACCAAAGAUGUAGUGGCUGGAUCACUAACUACUGAGUUUACCUACCUGGAGCCCAGUGAGGUGCGCUCCUGGCAGCCCCCCACCCCGGCGUCCACUAAGAGAGUGGAGAUGGAUCGGACUGUGAUGCCUUGUGGCACAGUGGUCACAACAAUCACUGCGGUGAAGAGCAAGCCGGGUCGACCGCUUCCUCCUGGGCUGAGCAUAGAUUCUUCUCAGAAGGCCAUGGUCAGCAAAUCCAAACUGUCCGAGCGCCGUGUGUCCGAACAGACGUCGGUGUUGACGUCAACAGUCAACAAAGCUUUGUCCUCCUCUGACACUGAGCUGCUCAUGUUGAACGGCACCGACCCUGUUGCCGAGGCAGCCAUUCGACAACUGCACCAGUCUGCGAAACAGAAGAUGAAAUCACCGGUGAAGAAGAGCACCAUCAUCAUCUCUGGCAUUGCCAAAACGCCAUUGUCUCAGGACGAUGAGCUGGCACUGAUGGCGGGUUAUGCCGCGGCGAUGGACGCCUCCAUGUCAGAAGACAGCUCAACUCAGGAUGUUACCACUGCCAUCAUGUCGGGGACCAGCAGCCCCCCGGAGGAGCCCCACGAUGGUCUGAGCGGAACAGGCCGACCCCCAGAGGACUGGGAGAGCCAGACGGGAGAGGAUCUGAACCACACCUCGCUCUCCAUGUGUGUCUCUGAGGCCAGCUGCAAAAAGAGAGGGAGCUUCCUACAAAGGGGUGCCAGACUGUUUUUCCGGAGGAGGCACCAACGCAAGGAACCGGGGAUGAGCCAGUCGCACAAUGACCUGGUGUACCUGGAGUCUCCUUCCUCCGUGGAGCGCGCCAGUCGGACAGCUACGCUUAGUCGCAUGCUCAGCCGGAAGAGCAAGAACAAGGUCAAAGUCAACGGCUCUACCUCCAUGGGGGAGCCACGCACGUGAACCCCUACUAGCACCUCAAACACGGACUGGCAAACCUGCGGUGUGGAGAUGAUUCACUGAAGGUGUUUUCCAUUGAGGGCAGGAAUUCAGCCAACGCAGCUGUGCGGGAAUCAUGGCAUUUUACUGGAUAUUCCUUGGCUUGUUUCUCUGAUUUUUAUGCAACAUUUUGGAAUUUUAAAGUGGCCUUGUCACCGCCUGGUAAUGGCCAUUACUCCUUGCCGCAUGAGCGCAUCCCUGUGUUUCCCUAAGGUGGACCAAAGAUGAAGAUGAGAGUGGUGUCUAUGAUUUGCACAUUUUCACUAGCGUUGCUUUACAGUGCAAUGACAAAAGCUGCUCUGAAGACAGACAGAGACUUGUCUGUCGCUCUGAUUCAUCACAGAGGGGAGGAUGUUUUCAGUGUGAACUCUUAUUCUGAACUCUUAUUUUGGGAUUCACACCCAGUGCUCUUUUAAGUUUAGCUUAGUUUAUAGCUUAUUUCAAGCCAAUAAAUCAAGAUCAACUGCAACAGCUGUGUGAAAUGUACAUAUGAUGAUGUUGAGUUCUUCAUCCCCAUGUUAUUUAUAAUCGGAAAAGUAUCUUUACAAGUUGGUCUUUAUGACUAUUUAGGUUGGCUUAAUGUUGUUGAAGUGUUCAUGUAACUUUUAUUCCUGCUGAGUUUUUAAUAUGCAAAUGUCUCCUGUCUUCCUAAAAUAUUCCAGAAAUGCGACCAGCAGAGGUUUCUGUGUGAAAAGGGAACUUGACAAACUGUAAGCAGCGACUUUGAUGGAACUCAAUUGUGCUUGUCGCGUCAGGCACUAACAAAACUACUCUCCCACCGUGCGUUUAUCCCCAUAAAAUGUUUUAUCGCCUCAUAUUGUUUUUGAACCUCAAUAGUGUGGACGCUAUUUUUCAAGAAAUCAGCUGAUGAUUGUAUGUUUUGUAAGCAGCUUGUUGAAGACCUCGGUGCACACGAUUCACAACCAUAUCUUCGGUUGAUGGAGGCUGCCGUCGCUUGGGAGAUUAUGCAACGUAAUAAGACAGAACUGAAGAUUGCCUUACCGUUACUCUGGUCCAACGUUUGACUCCACUCACUAGAAGAAACAAACCAAUGCUUUGUGUUCUAACAUCAGCAAUCUCUACUAUCUAAAUGCCUAUGCACAUAACACACUCGAAUCUGUGUGUCACAAUAAUGGACUAACCAGGAAGCGUGUAUUCAUAUUUAAAUACAUCCGUUUCAACUCAAUCUCUCGGGUACACAUGGGAUCAAGAUGUGUCUGUCAUCCUCUUAAAGGCAUUUGCUUCUGUGUCUUGCAAGCAACAGCUGUUCUGAAUAAACUGCAGGGUUUAAUGUGAUUUUUUUUUUUUUUUUUUUUUUUUUUUUUUUGAAAGAAA